AAGUCUAAUAGAAACAACAUCCAAGUUAUACUAAAGCUACAAAUCAAAAUAUUCAAACUCAACAAAAUCAAAACUCAACAAAAUCAAAACUCAACAAAAUCAAGACUCAACAAAAUCAAGACUCAACAAAAUCAAAAUCCAAACUUAAAUAAGUCAAACAAUGGAUUAUCCACGAUUCUACACAAUCAUCCAAUUUCCAGCACUCAAGCUACAGGAUCUGUUCUUCAUAUUUCAAGAUAUCGAAGAACAAGAUGGUGAUUUAUCAAAGAUUAUCAUCCUUACAUCCACGGAUGAAGUAGCAAAAACACUGACUUAUGAACUAAAUAAAAGACACAUUAGUGUCUCUCUUGUUACUGGAAGUAGGAAAGAAAGGAAAAAUAGACGAGCUGCUGAUGGAUAUAGUGAAGGGAAGUUCGAUGUUCUAAUUGUAAGUUCUUCACGGAUUAGCGUUGAAACUGGUGAAGUUGCUCAUUUUAUCAAUUAUGACAUUGAGGACUUGGGUCCUGAUAGUUUAUUUAUUAAUAAAGCAAAACUGAGACAGCGAGGUUAAAAAUAAGAUCUUUAACAAAGAUCAUUAAAUAUAAAUAAAAUAUAUAUUGAAAAAUCAAAUAAGACUUGUUUUUAAUAAUUUUACUAUUUUUUGGUAGCUAGCAGAACUAGGUUAUUUGCAAACAACUGAUUUGACUUAGACUUGAAACCUUAAAAACUAAAAGCAAAGAACCUAAAACUUUGCCCAAACUUAGCCCAUACAUUACAACCUAAUCCCCCACAGCCCAACUCUACUUCUUCAGAACUUAUCUAGCUCCACUUUCAGAGUGUUUAUUUUAAUGACUUAUAAAGUUUUCAAUAACAAUUUCAAUUUACAUUUAUCUCAUCGUUCGUGAUUGGUAUUGAUUUGCUUUAUGUUCUUUACA